CCUUUUCUUUUAGGUCCAAUGGGGUGGCGUGCAUGUGCCUCUUUUCAUGCCUUUUUAACCCUUCAGUUAGCCAUUUUCUGUCCAGUUUUAUACCUAUAAUACCCAAAUCAUUUCUUGGAAGCGCCAAUACUCAGCAUAAACAAUUCUCCCCCUCCACAAAAUAUCAUUUAAUUUUUACUUUUUUUAAUAAUUUUUUCGCAUAAUACUAACAUUUAUGCCGCAAAUCUUCGAGGGUCAAGUUCAAAUCUCUGUUGAAGCGAAGUGGUUGGCUCAGUUUAAUUUUUUUUGGGUUAAAAUAUUUUUGCUCAUUUAAUUUCUCUGUAACGCUUUUAUUUACCCCAGGGACUAGAGUAGGGUCUCUUCCUUGCAGGGGUUAUGGGUUGGCCUAUCUAGCUAUUCCCUAUCUCCUCCCUCGAUGUACACGUAUGCUUACUGGUUCAAAGGCCUAUAUAUACCUAUGCACGCUUCUGAGCAGCUUCAGCUCUCUGUGGAGUGGACGUGGAGUUUUCUGAAAGCAUCAAAGGUUGUUGUCAUGGUGGUUCUUGUAAUAUUUCUCUUGCUGCUCUGUCUCUCCUCUGCUUUGUUGAGAUGGAAUGAGGUGAGAUACAGGAAGAAAGGCUUGCCUCCAGGUACUAUGGGUUGGCCAGUUUUUGGAGAGACUACUGAGUUUUUAAAGCAAGGUCCAAACUUCAUGAAAAACCAGAGAGCAAGGUAUGGCAGUUUUUUCAAAUCCCACAUUCUUGGGUGUCCUACCAUUGUUUCCAUGGAUCCAGAGCUGAAUAAAUACAUCCUCAUGAAUGAGGCAAAAGGGCUUGUUCCUGGUUACCCUCAGUCCAUGCUUGACAUUUUGGGCAAAUGCAACAUUGCAGCAGUUCAUGGCUCCACUCACAAGUACAUGAGAGGGGCACUUCUUAGCCUCAUUAGCCCCACCAUGAUCAGAGAACAACUUUUGCCUACAAUUGAUGUGUUUAUGAGAACCCACCUCAGCAAUUGGGAUAACAAAGUUAUUGACAUCCAACAGAAAACCAAAGAGAUGGCACUUCUCUCGGCGCUCAAGCAAAUUGCUGGCAGUGAUUCUAGCUCAAUAUCUCAAGCUUUUAUGCCUGAGUUUUUCAAGCUGGUUUUAGGCACCCUUUCAUUGCCAAUUGACCUUCCUUGCACAAAUUAUCGUCGCGGACUCCAGGCUAGGAAGAAUAUUGUGAGCAUGUUGAGACAACUAGUAGAAGAACGAAGAGCAUCGAAAGAAACCCACCAGGACUUGCUUGGUUGCCUGAUGAAAAGUGAAGAGAGUAGAUACAAAUUAACUGAUGAAGAAAUAAUUGAUCAAAUAAUCACCAUUUUAUACUCUGGUUAUGAAACUGUUUCUACUACUUCAAUGAUGGCAGUAAAAUACUUGCAUGAUCACCCCAGAGUUCUUCAAGAACUAAGAAAAGAGCAUUUAGCAAUUAGAGAAAACAAAAGGCCAAAGGAUCCUAUUGAUUUAAACGACCUUAAAUCUAUGCGUUUUACUCGUGCGGUGAUUUUUGAGACCUCAAGAUUGGCUACAAUAGUUAAUGGGGUUUUGAGGAAGACUACUAAAGAAAUGGAACUAAAUGGAUUUGUGAUUCCAAAAGGGUGGAGAAUCUAUGUCUAUACUAGGGAGAUAAACUAUGAUCCCUUUUUGCAUCCAGAGCCAUUAUCCUUCAACCCAUGGAGAUGGCUGGAUAAGAGCUUGGAGUCUCAAAACUAUAUGUUCAUUUUUGGAGGAGGUACUAGGCAGUGUCCUGGAAAGGAACUAGGAAUAGCAGAAAUUUCUAGUUUCCUUCACUACUUUGUAACUAGAUACAGAUGGGAAGAAGUUGGGGGAGACAGUCUAAUGAAAUUUCCAAGAGUUGAAGCACCAAAUGGGCUGCACAUCAGGGUCUCAUCUUGCUAACUAAACUAUGAAUGUACAUAAGAAGAGAAAAAUAGCAAAUAUCGGAAACAGGGACAAGGAUGUAAAAUGAUCUUCUAACAUAUUAGAGAGUGAAUGACACCGAACAUUUCCAUUUUUGGCUAUAAAAAGCUUGUAAUUUUCUUCUUC